UGUUCUGCUUGUGCCUCUAGACAAAGGGAUAAGAAUAUGAGAAUAGAACAAAUUAAAAGACAAAUUUUGAGUAAACUUCAUUUUACAACUAUGCCCAAUUUGACGUCGAGGGUUCUACCUAAAGUUCCAACUAUAUCAUUAUUAAUGGAUAAAUUUACAGAAAUGCAAGCUGAUUCUCCGUACAGAGAGGGUGAUUAUGAGGAAUAUCAUGAUGAUCAUGAUUAUUAUGGUCGAGUUGAAAAAGUCUACACAUACGGAAAACUACCUUCUGAAGAACUCAAGGUACGAAAUAAGCACGCCUGUUACUUUACCAUGCCUGCUGAAGUCUAUAAUUUGAAGAUUAGAAUGGCACUUUUAUGGUUCUAUGUACGACCGACUAUACCACAGAGUACUGUAAUAGAGAUACGAAUAUAUCGAGUCUGUCCGGUUAGUCUGAAAUGUGGCCGUAACAAUCUUGGUAGAAUAUAUUACAGAAAACAUAUACCAAGUUACAAGAAGGGCAAACAUUGGUACAGGAUCGACAUCCGCAAACUCGUUAUGAAAUGGAUACAGUAUCCAGAGUAUAACUACGGCCUGGUUCUUACAGCCUUCGACCACGAUGGGCGAAAUCUAAUCGUAACACCAAGCGCUGAUGAGAAAAAAGAAGGAUACGAGCCUAUUUUAGAAUUUGAGACGGUUGAGAUGAAGAAGAGGCGACCAAAACGAAGUAUUUCAUUAAAUUGCGAAGAAAACUCAAACGAGAAACGAUGCUGUCGUCACCCAUUAGAAGUUGAUUUUGUUGACUUCGGUUGGGAUUGGGUUAUUGCUCCCAUUCGAUACAAAGCUGGCUAUUGUAACGGCGAAUGCGAUUCAACAUAUCAAGACGAAUAUGCGCAUACGUAUUUGCGUCAACGAGCUUCUUUGACAAGUGACGGACCGUGCUGUACGCCAACACAACAUAAACCACUGUCUCUUUUGUACUUUGACCACGAUCAAAACAUUUUAUUUACAGAAUUACAAAAUAUGAAAGUAAUGAAAUGUGGCUGUGCA